AUGAGUAAGGCGGUUGUUGCGGCCCUGGAAGACGAAGGUAUGCCAUGGUUGCACUAUCUGAUGGAGAUGACGCUCCAUCAAAUACCUGAUGUAUCUCUCAUUUGCGUGCACCGGCCCCUUAAGACACACCAAAGGGCCUAUGUCGUUGACGACACAGUCAGCCCCGACUCUGCUCUCACACUUCGCCUUUCAGAAAAAUUGGCCUCCUGUCACCCCUCUCGAAAUUUCAACACCCUCGACUCCCCCGGUAGGUACGACCAUCGACUAGGACAGCAUUCAAGAUGUAAGUUAUCACGAUACGAGCACUACACCAUUCUUCCACCGAGCCCAAAUCGAUUUGCGUCGCCUACUGCACCGGGCAAGCCUUAUUUAGGGUCUAUCGAAGCCCGGGACACGCGGGGGCGACAAAAACCGACGACGGCAUCCAUCAAUUCGACGGCGGGACGACGAUGUUUUUUCUCCCAUAACCAAGGACAAAUUGCUGAUGUCCAAUGUCUUCACAGGGUCAAUCUGCGAACUCAGAAGCGCCUUGCCGCGUCGGUCAUCGGCUGCGGUGAGCGCAAGAUCUGGCUCGACCCCAACGAGGUCAACGAGAUCUCCAACGCCAACUCUCGCCAGACCAUCCGCAAGCUCGUCGCCGAUGGCCUCAUCAUCCGCAAGCCCGUGACCAUGCACUCGCGGUCCCGUGCCCGUGAGCUGAACUUGGCUCGCCGCAUCGGUCGCCACCGUGGCUUCGGUAAGCGCAAGGGUACCGCUGAGGCCCGUAUGCCCAGGUUCGUCGACACCAUUCCCAUCGAUCGGUCCGCUAUUGGAGGUUACUCUUGGAAUGUCACUUGGGCAACCCCCUUGAACAUUCGACAACGAUAUCCACAAGUCCUCUGGAUGCGCCGCCUCCGUGUCCUUCGCCGUCUUCUGGUGAAGUACCGUGCCUCCGGCAAGAUCGACAAGCACCUUUAUCACGAGCUUUACCACUCCAGCAAGGGUAACGCCUUCAAGCACAAGCGUGCUCUCGUUGAGCACAUUCACCGUGCCAAGGCCGAGAAGGCCCGCGAGAAGGCUCUCAAGGACGAGAUGGACGCCAAGCGUGCGAAGACCAAGGCUGCCCGCGAGCGCAAGCAGGAGAGACAGACGGCGAAGAGAAACGCUCUGUUGGGCGAGGGCGAGGAGGAGGCCAAAUAG